AUGGUCAAAGCUGUAGUUCUCGGUGCCUCUGGCGGCAUUGGCCAGCCAUUGUCUCUCCUCUGCAAGAUCUCUCCUGUCAUCGACGAGCUCGCCCUGUUUGAUGUGGUCAACACCCCUGGUGUCGCAGCCGAUCUGUCGCACAUUUCCUCUGUCGCUGUACGUGACUUCAAGGGAGAGAAACCAGAGACAGAAGAGGCAAAAAAGGCGGCUUUGACUGGUGCAGACAUUGUCAUCAUCCCCGCUGGUGUUCCUCGCAAGCCUGGCAUGACUCGGGACGACCUCUUCAAGAUCAACGCAGGAAUUGUCAAAGGCCUCAUUGAAGCCUGCGCCAAAUACUGCCCCAAGGCAUACAUCUGUGUCAUCUCAAAUCCCGUCAACUCCACCGUCCCAAUCGCCGCCGAGGUCCUGAAAGCAGCUGGCGUCUUUGACCCCAGGAGACUUUUUGGUGUCACCACUCUGGAUGUCGUCCGUGCUCAGACCUUUGUGGGAGAGAUCAUUGGUGAGAAGGACCCAAGAAAGUUGACUAUUCCUGUUAUUGGUGGCCAUUCUGGCAACACCAUUGUGCCACUGUUCAGCCAAGCCAAGCCCCCCGUCAACAUCCCAUCAGACAAGCUCGAUGCUUUAGUGAAUCGUGUCCAGUUCGGCGGUGACGAGGUUGUCAAGGCCAAGGACGGAGCCGGUUCCGCCACUCUUUCUAUGGCAUAUGCCGGUUUCAGAUUCGCCGAAGCCCUCAUCAAGGCUGCAAAGGGCGAAAAAGGGAUCGUUGAGCCAACCUUUGUCUAUCUCCCUGGUGUCCCUGGUGGGGAUGCUAUUGCAAAGGCAACUGGCUGUGAUUAUUUCUCCGUUCCUGUAGAGCUCGGGCCCGACGGCGCAGAAAAGGCCAUCGACAUCCUGGGUGGUGCCAAUGACUACGAGAAGAAGCACCUCGAAGAAGCUAUCAAAGGUCUCAAGACCAACAUCGAGACUGGUAUCAGCUUCGUGAAGAACCCACCCAAGUAG